AUGGCACCAACCGCGAUGAAAUUGGUCAAGCCGUUCAAAAGUUAUGAGAGCUCCGACGAAUUGGCGCUACGUCUUUUAUCGCACGAUCUAGACCACUACAUUUCUGAAAUGGAAGUCGACAAAGAUCAUCAAUCCCGAAGUUCUCAACUUACAAAAAAAGCCUCAAUUUCAUCAUUAAUAACUAACUCCGACAUUCUUUCUUUAAUCAAACCACUACCGUGUCAAAAAGACGCUUCUGCGUCCUGCAAAUCAAUUUUGCCAAACGAUUGUGACGUAAAUAACAUAAUCGGCUACUGGAACGGUAAAACAGAGUCUCCACGUCGUCGAAAAAUGCCUCAAUUUUCCGCGAAUCCAGGCAGUAGUAACCCUUUACACAAACAAACUUCUAACUUAGCAAACUCAGCUUCCGGCUUCUCAAAUUCAGCUAUCACCCCAUAUAGAUCAACGUCAUUUCCUUCAGAACCCACCCAAGAACUAAAUUUACUAAAGCGCCAAGAAAAACGUUCGCAUUUUGAUAAUCUGUACAAAAAAUACAAUCGUAACAACGACGAUGACGAAGAAGAUCUUCCUAAAUCGUUGACUGGUAAUAAAGAUACUCGCAAAAUGGAACCCUUUAGAAACGCGCGUCAGAUUAAAGUUCAAGAGCAGCAAAAAGCGAACAAAUCAAAGUAUCAGGGAAAGACUCUUGGUGGCAAGACUAGUGCUAGCAAAGGAUUUGUCAAUGUGUUCAGCAAACCUGAUACAGAAGAUAAACCUGAACAAUCUGAUCGCCCUGAUAGUCAAGAAGAUAUAGACUGUGAAGAUGAACGUCUGAAGAACAUUGAUCCCAAGAUGAUUGAAUUGAUACGCAAUGAAAUUAUGGACUCGGGUUCCUUCGUCACGUGGGAUGAUGUUGCAGGUCUGGAGAAGGCCAAAGAUAUCAUUAAGGAAGCUGUGGUUUUGCCGAUGCUGCGUCCUGACAUUUUUACUGGGCUCAGACGUCCUCCAAAGGGAAUUCUGCUUUUCGGGCCACCUGGAACUGGGAAGACACUUAUCGGAAAGUGCAUCGCUUCGCAGAGCAAGUCGACAUUCUUCGCAAUUUCUUCCAGCUCGUUGACGUCAAAAUGGGUCGGAGAAAGCGAAAAAAUGGUGCGUGCACUGUUUGCAGUUGCACGAGUUUAUCAGCCGUCGGUAAUUUUUAUCGAUGAAAUUGACUCUUUGCUGAGUCAACGUUCAGAUACGGAGCAUGAAAGUUCCAGAAGGAUCAAGACUGAAUUUCUGAUUCAUCUAGAUGGAGCUACUACGGGUGAUGAUGAUAAGAUUCUGUUGAUCGGAGCUACUAACAGGCCCCAGGAGCUGGAUGAGGCUGCUAGGAGACGAUUCGUUAAGCGAUUGUAUGUUCCACUGCCAGAAUUGGAAGCAAGAAAGCAGAUCGUCAGAAAUUUGUUAGCCAAUGAGAAACACAGUUUGACGGAAGAAGAUGUUAAGACGGUCGCGGAAAAGGCAGAUCAUUUUUCGGGUGCUGAUAUGACGACAUUGUGCAAAGAAGCAAGCAUGGGUCCGAUUAGAAGCAUUCCUUUUGAUAUGAUGGAAAACAUUAGGAUGGAAGACGUCAGAGGCACCACUAUUGAUGAUUUUUUGGAAGCGUUCAAGAGAGUUAGACCUAGCGUCGCGCAGGGAGAUUUGGUCAAUUAUGUUGUCUGGGAUAGAACUUACGGCAGUGGUACUGCUGAAUAG